GACGUCAACGAAGACACUCCCUGUGUUGAAGUUUUCGUCCUUCCCGCCAGCUGUCGGUAGUGAGUGACGUUUGCUCGUCCCGGUUUUCAUUCUAAAAUGGCACAAAUAACAGAGAGUCACCAACGUUUCCUCCAAGUGCUGAUGUCCCAUGGAAUAAUGGAGGGUUCAGCCGUCAGAAAUCUACACAAACAUUGCUGUGAAGCUCAUAAAGUUCACUAUAUGCAAGACAGACUGGAUGACUUCAUCGAUGUUAUAAACAAACAUUUGCAGCCUUUGUUCAUGCAGAUAAGAAAAAGGAUCUCCGAAGAUGAUGGGAAGAGGUACUAUGCCUUGGUGAACCUAGCCGAAAAUGAAAUUACUAAAAUGGCCUCGGAUUACGCAGAAAAUGAACUUGAGCUUUUCAGGAAAACGAUGGACUUAAUUGUAACUUCUGAGAACGGAUUUGCGUCUUCCACGCGGCUUUUGAACCUUUCGGAUGAACUACAAACCAGGAAGAUUAAGAAAAAGGAGGUGGAACAAUUACUGCAAAAAUUUGUGCAGGAGAAGUGGCUUAUUGAGAGAGAAGGCGAAUAUACCCUUCACACUCGCUGCAUAAUGGAAUUGGAACCCUAUAUACGGAACACUUUCCAAGACGUUAAAAUAUGCAACAUCUGUCGUGACGUAGCAAUUCAGAGCCAGAUGUGUGAAACUUGUGGGAUCCAGAUUCAUAUACCAUGUGCAGGGAAAUAUUUUAAAGGACAAGCAGAGCCUCACUGCCCUAACUGUAAUGAGCUGUGGGCCCACGAGAUUCCAAGGUUAAGCCAGAGCAGUUCACAAAAACCAUCCACUUCCCAAAGUGCAAACAUCCCGGCUCUUGAGAGAAGAACAACCAAGACUUCAGUGGCCUCAAGGACAAGGCAAAAGCACUAGAUUCAUUUUCUUAGUUCCUUUAGGUGUAGAUUUUGUUACGCUCAGUCAUAUAUGUAAAAUCCUAUUGAUGUCAAAUGUUGCCUCAGUUAUAUUGAAACAAUACAUUUCUGGCUUUUU